CUUAGCUCGUGAGUCCUCCGUUCCUGUUUUCAUUUCUCGUUUGGUUUGAAAGCGGCAUUCACCGGCGAAUUUGACCUUUUUCCUUGGACGGUCAUUGGUUUCGCUUCGUUCGCAGAUCAUCUUUUCUUUGCAAAUUACUCCCCUGUGCCCGUCGUUGGAUUUGCGAACAGUGAUUUAUUCUUUCUUCCUCCAUGGCGCCUCUCAAGAAAUCAAAGAAGAUUAAAAGGGGAACCAAGAAACUCAAGAAACGCAGACAGCUCAGCGUUGUUCCUAUAGAACCCAGAACCAGUGAGACCGACUGGUGGAAUAGCUUCUGGCACAAAAAUUCUACCGCCCCAGGAUACUCAGUACCCAGUGAUGAAGCAGAAGGAUUUAAGUACUUCUUUAGGGUUUCAAAGAAGACUUUUGAGUACAUAUGUUCCCUUGUAAGGGAGGAUCUCAUAUCAAGGCCACCAUCUGGGCUCAUCAACAUCGAGGGAAGGCUUCUUAGUGUUGAGAAGCAGGUUGCCAUUGCCCUCAGAAGGCUAGCAUCUGGCGAAUCUCAAGUUUCUGUUGGAGCUUCCUUCGGGGUUGGGCAGUCCACAGUUUCUCAGGUGACUUGGAGAUUCAUCGAGGCCAUGGAAGAACGGGCGAGACAUCAUCUCAAGUGGCCUGAUUUCAAUAGAAUGGAAGACAUCAAGUCCAAGUUUGAAUCAUCCUAUCGGCUGCCUAAUUGUUGUGGAGCCAUUGAUGCAACACACAUAAUGAUGACCCUUGCUGUCCAAACCUCAGAUGAUUGGUGUGACCAAGAAAACAACUACAGCAUGUUGUUACAAGGAAUUGUCGAUCAUGAAAUGAGAUUUAUUGAUAUCAUGACAGGUUUGCCAGGAGGCAUGCCAUUUUCCCGGCUAUUGAAAUGUUCAGGAUUUUUCAAACUGUGUGAGAAGGGGGAGCGAUUAAACGGGAAGGCAAUAACCUCAACCAGAGGAGACAUGAUUAGAGAAUAUGUCGUUGGUGGAUUUGGUUACCCUCUUCUUCCAUGGCUUAUAACUCCUUAUGAAACUGAUAGUAUCUUUAACACUCAGUCUGGUUUUAAUGAUAAGCACCGGGCUGCUAGGCUGCUUGCUGUGAGAGCUUUCUCACAGUUAAAGGGCAGCUGGAGAAUCCUUAGCAAGGUGAUGUGGAGGCCAGAUAAGAGGAAAUUGCCAAGUAUUAUAUUGAUAUGUUGUUUGCUUCAUAAUAUAAUAAUUGACAGUGGAGAUGCUUUGCACCCAGAUGUUGCCUUGUCUGGUCAUCAUGAUUCUGGAUAUGGGGAACAGUACUGUAAGCAUGUUGAUCCUUUAGGAAGGACCUUGAGAGAUAAUUUGGCAAAGGCCUUGCUACAUUAAAAGCAAUUCGGAGGUUCUUUUUAGCUCUGCUGAUACUGUUCAUAUUCUCUAAGAUAUGAUUUUUGAACUCCAUUCAAUUUUGAAUUAGAGGCUGUGUUAUUCUUUUUAGUCCCAUCUAUUUCCCUAAUAAGUUACUGAGCAGUGUCAUAUGAACGAUAGGAUCUCUUAGCUAAACGACUGUCAGAUCCUUUUGGUAAUAAAACAAGCAAGCUAUUGUCUUGUGUAGUUUGGUGA